ACCCUCAAAAUUAUAGUUUGAUCUGGCUGAAUAAAAGUCUCGUGCUGUUAAAAAGCCAACGAAGAGAAAAAGAUGUGUGUAUUUCUAUUGUUCAGACACACUCUCUCUCUCUUUCUGUCUGUGUGUGUGUGUGUGUGUGUGUGUGUGUGUGUGUGAACGAGCGCGCGUGCACGAUCAUCCCGGGACAAAGAGAGACGCGGCUCCGCUGAGACGCAGCAGAUGAUGAAGGUGUUGGUGUGCGUGAUCGCGCUGUGGGGCGUCGCGGGCGGAGCGCGGAGCUGCGGAGAGUCUCGCCGGGUGUACGGAGAGAAGCACGGGCUGAACACCGCCCCACACACACAGAUCAGCGGUGAGCACCUACGUCUUUGUCCUCGUGAUUACACCUGCUGCUCCAGUCUGAUGGAGGACACGCUUGCACAGCAGAGCGAAGCUGACUUCCUGUCUGCAGUCCAGGAUACCAGCCAGUUCCUGCUCACCACCUUCACCCAGAGACACCACAAAUUUGAUGAGUUUUUCCAGGAGAUGAUGGAUGUGGCAGAGAAAUCAAUGAAUCAGAUGUUCACGCAGACUUACGGUCAUCUGUACACGCAGAACGCUCUUAUCUUCAAGCAGCUGUUCUCAGACCUGCGGCGCUUCUACACAGGGGGCAGAGUGAGUCUGGCCGAGGUGCUCUCUGAUUUCUGGGCAGGACUAGUUGAGCGUGUGUUCACUCUGAUUAACCCUCAGUAUCAGUUCAGCGAGGACUAUCUGGAGUGUGUCAGCAAACACGCCGAGCAACUACGGCCAUUUGGAGAUGUUCCACAUAAACUGUACAUUCAGGUGUCACGAGCGCUAACAGCGGCACGAUCGUUGGUUCAGAGUUUGGCUGCUGGAAGAGACAUAGUGAACAAGGCCACAAAGUUGAUGGUACGAUCAGAGUGUAUUCGGGCAUUAAUGCGGCAGUGGUUUUGUCCACUGUGUCGUGGACUUCCUUCCCUCAAGCCCUGUCAUUCGCUGUGCUUGAACGUCAUGAAGGGCUGCCUGGCCAAUCAGGUUGAAUUAGACUCUGAAUGGAACAACUUUAUCGACGCGCUGAUGGCAGUGGUGGAGAAACUUGGUGGGCCAUUUCAUUUCGAGUUGGCCGCAGACUCCAUCGCAGUGAAGGUGUCUGAAGGCAUCAUGUACAUGCAGGAGAACAGCAUUACCAUCUCUGCAAAGGUCUUUCAGGGCUGUGGGAUCCCUAGGCCAACUCCAGCCAGAAAUAAACGCUCGUCCAAAGAGAGAGACGGCAAGAGAGCCUUCAGGACCUACAGCGCUGAGGAGAAACCCACCACCGCAUUGGGAACAAACCUGGACCGACUGGUGGAGGAGCUGCAGGAACGUCUCCGGCCCAUGAGAGGAUUCUGGGUAGCGCUGCCUCACACCAUCUGUAAUGAUGAACGCAAGGCAGCUGACGUGACCAAUGAGGAUCGCUGCUGGAACGGACAGACACGUGGCAGAUACCUGCCGUCUGUUACUACUGAUGGUUUGGUGAAUCAGAUUAAUAAUCCAGAGAUGGAGGUGGACGUUACCCGGCCAGAUGUCAAAACACGGCAGUUAAUCAUGGAGCUGCGAGUGGCUGUAAACAGACUGAAACAUGCUCAGAACGGACGAGACAUGGAUCUCAUCGACAGUGAUGUGGAGGCUGGCAGUGGCUCUGGAGGUGGAGCUGAAGUAGGUGAGCGGUUCAGUGAUGAUUGGCCGGCUUAUGGCUCAUUCUCUCCACCUCGCAACACUCUCCCAGUUGAUGAGUCACCUCGCCCCCGUGACGAGCUCCGGGACACGCCCACCAAUAAAAGGAAAAGGCUGAAUGGACGAGCCCAAUCGGAUGCUGGAAAACUCCUACCUCCUCUGGUGCCAUUUCUUCUCCUUCUUACUGUCUGUUUUUCACUCUCUUCAUCUUGUGGCCUUUAAUGUAGAUCAAACUCUCACCUGCCUGAACAAGCACAGACACCAGCAGCAGAUCCGCACCGCCCCAUAUGAAUGUCCUGUAGAACGUUUGCUUUUUACAUUUGUCCAUUUUUACAAACCAAUACUGUGGGUUCUGUAGUUAUCUCUGAUUAGUUUGCGGACUGUGUUCAGCUGAUCUUGUACAAUUGAACUAUUUGGACUGAAUCAUCAUGUUUCUGUAAUCAUGAGGAGCAUUAGUUUGAUCUGUUGACUGAUUUUUUUCCUUCCUAUUAUUAUGUUUGUAUUAUAUUGAAUGUACAACACUGUCGAAUGUUGAGAAGUUUAUCAAUUUGAAUUUAAUUUCAAACAUUGAUUAUAUUUAUUUAUUUAUUUAUUUAGCCUUAUGUUCAGUGUGUGUAAUGUAAGUGUGUAUGUGUAAGCACACAAGUGAUUUUUAUUUUCUUUUACGAAGAUAAGAAGUAGCAUUAUGCUAAAAUGAAUGAUUAAAAUCAUUCUUCCAGA